UUUUUCUCAAAAGCGCAUGCGUAGUCUAUUGCUCUGCUCUGGACAGCUGUAGGAGAAAAUGGCAGCGUUCAUGCUAGGACAGCAGGCCCGCCAGUUUAGCUCGUCUGUGAUCAGACCUGCAGCAAAACUGGUUAAGCCUCCCAUAACGGUGUAUGGAGUGGAGGGUCGUUAUGCCACGGCUCUGUUCUCAGCUGCCAGUAAGCAGAACAAACUUGACCAAGUGGAGCAGGAGUUGGGGAAAGUCUCUGCCCUGAUCAAGGACCCCAAGCUGUCAAAUAUUGUAAUGAACCCUCAUGUCAAGCGCAGCAUCAAGCAGAAAACCUUCAACGAUGCUCUUACAAAGGCCAAACUUUCACCCAUCACUGUCAACCUCAUCAAUGUUUUAGCAGAUAAUGGUCGUCUUACUCUAACUGGUGAUGUUAUCGGCGCGUUUGGCAAGAUGAUGAGUGCCCACCGUGGAGAGGUUCUUUGCUCUGUCACUACAGCUCAGCCCUUGGAUGCGGCUAAUGUUGCUGAGCUGAAAGUGGCACUGAACGGCUUUCUUCAAAAGGGUGAGACCAUCAAGCUGGAAACUAAGUCAGAUCCCUUAAUCCUGGGUGGCAUGAUUGUCAGUAUUGGAGACAAGUAUGUGGACAUGUCCACCAAAACAAAGAUCCAGAAGCUGACUAAGCUCAUCAGGGAGACUUAAGUCCUGUGGACUAAAUUUUUCGAAAGGCGACCAUCAGAGGAAAGCUGAUAAAUUUAUAUUGCUACUUGUUCUUGCACUGUGGUUGCUCCAUAAACCCAGAUAAACUGUCUGUGCUUAAGUUCAUAAUAACUGUUAAUAAAAACUAAGAAAAAAU